AUGGGCAGUGAGCGCAGUUUCAGAUGCAAGAUCUUCGUGGAAAGGCAUCCUGCCCACGAGGAACUUGCAGUCAUCCUAGCUGUGGUGCUGCAUACCACCCACCGCCCUGGUGGGGCCAUCACGCCUAAGAUGAAAUCCACGCUCACCCAUAUCCCCAAGCCUAGAAUCGUAGUACUCCCGAAAGUUGCCACAACAGAGUCGCGGGAAAUGGCCCGCAAGCGGCGCUGCGGCGAGGAUGCCUCCCCAGAGGCCGGAAGGCGAGGCCGGCGGCAUGUUGGACUUGGAGCGGUCAUACUGGAAAACUUGGGCUAUUCCGGAAACGACGAUGAAGGCCAGGAAGCCAAGGCCGCAAAGCUCGAUGCCUAUGCAGCUCCCGAGGGCGCGGAGCGCGCAAGCCCAGAUGAGGCGCCCAGGAAGCGCCGGCCGCGCAAGGAGAAGCGUCUCCCCGAGGCGGAGGCCGCAAGCGGAGAUGAGGCGCCCAAGAAGCGCCGGCCUCGAAAGGCCCGUGAGGCUCCAGAUGGAGCUGACGAAGAGCAGCCGCAGGGCGACCGCGCACAGAGGCAGAGACGAGCCAGGCCGAAAGAGAAGCAAGAGUUUGGCGAGGAGGAGGAACCCGACGAGGCGUCAGUAGCCGCGUGGAAGCGCCUCCUCGCUGCGCGAGCCGACGGCGAAGACUUGCGCCUGGCUUUCUCCCUGCGGCCCAUGGUUCCGCAGGAGCUGCGCCAGCUGGGUCCAGAAAGCUUCCUUGGGAAGAAGAAAGAGCUGGGUGCGCAGCCUUUAUUCAACCGCGAGGGCAAAGUGAACCUCCAGUUUCUCCUUGCCAGCUACAAGGCAUCAGACAAGCGCCGUGGGGAAGAUAAGGAUGCAUCCAACCCUCACCAUCCGUUCCUGCUCUGGUUAGUGAAGCAGGCUCGCCAGCUGCGGCUGCUGAGCAGUAGGGAGGUGAAGCGGGGGCAGAUCCCCAAACAGCGUCUGGAGCAGGCGAAAACGAAUGGCUACAGCCUCGCAGAUGGAGCCAAUCUGGCACAGGCUUCCGACGAUGAAGAGCGAAAUCGUCAGAAGGAAGCUGAGGAGCAGGCGAGUGCAGACAUUCUGCAACGUGAAGUUCUAUUCCCAGAGCGAGUCGGCAGUCAGUCCCUGGCUGAGUCGUCCGAGCGCUUGCGGCAGCAGCUGCGAAACCAAGCAGAGCUAAGAAAGGAAAGGAUAAAAGCCCACUCCAGCAACGGCCAGGAUCUGCAGUCAAUGUCUUCAGUUCUCAGCGCGCCAUCCCUUUCGUUCGACUGGGUUGAGCCGGAGUCCGACGAGGAGACCAACCCGAGCGGCACGUUGCAGGUUGAUCUGCCUCCCAGCGCACAGAGCUCCGAGUCGCGGCGCGAGUUGCUUCGGGAAACGAUCCAGCGUUCUGUGUCCUUUAAGCAGGCCGAAGUCCUCAAUUCCAAGGCAAAUCGCGCAUUGUCUGCAUCGCUGUCGGCAUCCAGUGCAAAGUCCUCCCGGCUGGUGGAGGCGGACAAGCUAGCGGACAAGCUGGCAGACAAGCUCAAAGCGAAGUCCAAGCAAGGCAAUGCUCCGGUGCAUCCGCAGGGUGAAGGAUCAGCUACAGCGGCGGCUGUGACGCUGCCACAAGGCCCAGCUGUGGAGACCUCCGCCACGGUGGACUCUAUCCCAGCAGAAGCAUCAGGUCCAGCUGCGGAGACCUCCGUCAAAGAGCGCUGUGUCCCAGCAGAAGCAUCAGGCCCAGCUGUGGAGACCUCCGUCACGGUGGGCUCUGUCCCAGCAGAAGAAUCAGGCCCAGCUGUGGAGACCGCUGCCGCAGAGGGCUCUCUCCCAGCGGAAGGAGCCGUGGAGACCGCCGCGGAGGCCUCCAUCCUGGCCGAAGCAGCAGAUGACCUGGAGAUCAGCGCGACUUUGCCCUUUGAAGUCGAUCUGGAGCAAGGUGCACAGGCGGCGCAACAUGGCCGCAAGUAUUUAGAGUUUCAACGUGCUGCUUGCUGCGUGCCUUUGCCAGCAGAUGCAGGCACGACCUUGGGCAUUGCCUAUUGGAAACUGGACGCCACAGCUUUUGCAUCGCAGACCUCUCUGCGACGCUGCCCUUCGACGUUGUGCUGGGUGAGGCCGGUGACGAGAAGCACGAACGUGCGGAUCAAGCACAACCCCCUGAGCGGUGUCGAGGAUACGGCUCCGAUGCAUUCUUCCCCGGAGGCGAGUGGCGCUCUCUUGGAGGCCGAGGAGACAAAGACCUCCAGCGAGGCAGAAGGGCAGAGGGGAGGUUUCGACGACGGGGCGGCGCUGCGCCGGGAGCGGGCCUGGCUCCGGCACCUGAAGCGGAAACGCCGGGAGGAGGACAAGGAGAAUCAGAAGGUGCAGAAGUCCAAAGCCAAGGCGGGCCGCGGCAAAAUGCCAUCACCGGUGGACGAGGAGGACGACCUCUUCCUUGGCAAUCGAGGGCACUUGGGUAAGCAAGAAGGCAUACCAUGUAGCAGCGCGGGGACAGAAACAAGCCAAAUCUGCUGCUUGGCACCCGCGCCCCCAGGAGGCAAGUCUGACCGGUACUUGUCUCGGGCUGUUGCGCUCUUCGACAUGCUCUCAGCGAUGAAGUAUUGGCACUUUGCUGCUGGGCGUAUCAUGGGGGGAGAUGGUGGCCAGGUUAUUGAUCGGGCCACCAUGGUCAAGACCAAGGGAUGGGGCCUGACGAAGGCCAGUGGGGACAGAUAUGCCGCCUCCCUCGGCGAGAUGAACAGCUACAUGCAGAUGGUCUUCGAGGACCGUGGGCUGGGCAACCUCGAGAGGCACCGAGUUCGCAUGACCACCUGCAUGAUUUCUCAGCAGGCUCUCCGCGAUCCGGUGGUGGCGUGCAAACUUGGAAAUCUCUACAACAAAGAGGCUGUGAUUGCGGCUCUGCUGAAUCGGAAGAUGCCUGAAGACCUCUCCCACAUCCGUGGAUUAAAGGAUGUGAAGCAGUGCAUCAUCACCUGGGCCGAAGCGGAGAAGGAACAGGGAGAGAAGCGCAUGGUUUGUCCGGUGUCGAGAGAAGACCUGGACUCUGGCAGCAGCCGCGCCGUGCUCAUUUGGCCGAGUGGAGCCGUGAUUGCAGCGAAGAGCCUGAAGGAGAUGAAGAUGAAGGAGUGCCCGUUGACUUCCAAGCCCUUCGACGCUGACAAGGACAUCAUUCCGCUGGCUCCUGAUGGCGAG